AUGGAAUUCAGAUCAAAGUCAUGCAGAGAUGAAGAGAAGGUGGCACCAAAAAGCAUGCAAGAUCUGAGGUGUUACAGUGCCAACUACGUUUAUAAUCCAAACCAAACAUGUAACAAGGAGAUGAAAAUGAAGAGAGGAAAAAGCACUUCAAGAAGUUGGAGAUUCGAUGAUGCUGAAUUGCAGAGGAAAAAGAGAAUUGCUGGUUACAAAUUAUAUGGUGCUGAAGGGAAAAUGAAAGGGUCUUUAAGAAAAAGCUUCAAGUGGAUCAAAAACACUUACUCUCAAGCUAUCUAUGGAUGGUGGUGA